AGGGGUGGGGCUGCUCUACUCUGACUUAGCACAAAAUGGCCUACACACAGCAAUUGUCUCAAGAACCAAUUGAAACGGAGCUACAGUACUAUUUGGAGUAUGCUAGAGCUAUUCAAGAGCAGGAAAGAUAUGUCAAUCAACAAGAUCCCUACAAUGCAUACUCCUUUGGUUACUCUCAGUUUGAGGGCAUCCCUGAAGAUGCUGAGCUGGCGUUCAGUAAUGGAGUCACAGGAGUUAGGGGAACUGGAGAGAGACUGGCAGAGAAGUCAGUGCUCAGUUGGAGAGUGAAGAAGAUCACAGGAACACAGAUUAGUGACCUGGGUCAGAGCAUGAGAGGAGGGAGUGAAAUAGAGCUAAAAGAUUUCGUGAAAGAGAGAGGUGGGCACAAGCUUGAGGGACUACACAAAGCUGCUGCACAGGGAGAUAGGGGAGGGAUCAUGCACUGCAUGAAGCAAUAUGGACCAGGAGCUCCUAUCAAUGAGAUGGACUCUAAUGGGUGUACCCCACUCAUGUAUGCCGCUAUGGCGGACUCCAUUCUAGCCAUAGAGAUGCUACUCAACUUCAGUGCCAGGAGAGAAAAGACGGAUUCUGAAGGAAGGACUGCUGUGCACUACGCGGCUUUCUUUGGGAAGCACAGAGCAAUGAAGUUUCUCAUAGAAGCAGCAGCCGAUUGGACACCUAGAGAUGUGUACGGAAGAACUCCUCUACACUGGUCGGCAGCUAAUAAGAACACAAAGUGCUUAAUGGUACUGCUCAAGCAUGCAAGUAUUGUGAUGGGGGACAUAAACCCGCGAGACAAUGAGGAUAUGACCCCUGUGCACUGUGCAGCACAGUUUGGAAGAGCUAAGCACAUCACACUACUCAAUGAAGCUGAUGCUGACGUCACAGCUGUGGACAUUGAGGGCAAGACGGCACUUCAUUGGACAGUUAACAACCCAGACUCCUCCUCCAUCCUAGCGCUGGUGGAAGCAUACCCUCCACUCACCAGUAAAAAGGAUGUAAACAGAAACAGUGUUCUCCACCUAGCUGCUAGUGUUGGCUCAACUCACAUUGUGGAUACUCUGCUGAAACUGAGUGGUGUUGAGAUUGAUGCCACCAACGAGCAAGGGAGAACAGCUCUACACCUGGCCUGCAAGAAUGGCCGUCCCGACACAGCACAGGUGCUGCUAGCUAACAGAGCGUUGGAUUCUCCAGUUGACGCUGAUGGCUCAACUGCUCUACACUAUGCUGUUGAGGCGAAGUCCUUGUGGAUUGUGAAAGCGUUUAAUCAACUGUCGAAUCUAACCCACGUUCCUAACAGGGAGGGGAAGACACCUCUCAUGGUGGCAGCUGAACAUGACCUGGGAGACAUAUUGAGCAUCCUUGUCAAGAACAGGAGUGUAGCAAAGUCAGUGGAUAGUGUGGAUCCAAAUGGACGUUCAGCACUUCACCUGGCUGCACAGAGUGGUUCCUCUGAGUGCAUUGCAUCACUUCUCUCCUCGGGAGCUAACCCAAACCUCCAAGACCAACUUCAACAGUCACCCCUUUUUUUAGCAAUUGAGCAAGGCCAUGCAGAGUGUGUGCAGUUGCUUGUGUCCAGAGGGUGUCAACCAGACACUCAAGACAGUGAGGGUCAAGCUCCACUACACCUGGCAGUCCUAAGCAACCAAGUCGGCUGUGUUCAAUCUCUGGCCCAAUCCGGAGCAGACAUGAACAUUCAAGACAGCAAUAGAGACUCUGCCCUGCAUAUGGCAGCAUACUCUGGUAAUGACCAAGCUGCUACUACUCUGCUCGAGUAUGGAGCCAACCCAAACAUUCAGAAUGUGAAUGGCUGGAGUCCCGUUCAUUAUGCUUCCAUGGAGGGACAUUUGGAAUGUCUGGCCACACUGGUCACACACAGAGCAUACACAAACUUCAUGGACUUUUCAGAUGAAAGUCGUACUCCAAUGGACUUUGCAGUCAUGAACGGUCAUGUGGACUGUGUGGACAUAUUGACUCAGGCAGGCGCUCUGGCUACUGAUGGCAUACGAGCCUUGGCAGCUGUCAGUAUUCAGUCUGCAUACAGGGCAUAUCGGGCAAGAUGUGAUCUCUCAAAGCUGAGGAAGAAAGCGAGAGCUGUCACUGUCAUUGCAGCGAGAGUGAGAGGGUACAUACAGCGUGGAAGGUUCAAAGAGAUGGUGAAGAGACAUUAUGCAGCUGUACUCAUCCAAUCAUACGUCAGGGGGUUUUUACAAAGAGUAAAGUUUAGGGUUCAGCUGUCCCAGUAUCGCUCGCAAAAGCAACACUACCAACUAAUGGUAGAUUAUGGACAAAGAGUAGCCAGUGACCAUGAUAACGCUCGGCUGAAGACCUUUCAGAGAGAAGAUUUUGUUACUUCUUCUGAAAAUUUGACGGUUUUGGACAUCUACAACAUCAAAGAGCAAAGGGAAGCUGAAAAGAAGCUACGUCUUGAGAAAGCACUGCAGAUGCGUGAAAUAUUCUUAGAGAAGCAGAAAAACUGGAGGGAUUUUCGAGAAGCUGAACAAAAAAGGCGUGAUGAAAAAGCCAAAAGAGAGGAGCUUGAUCGAUACGCUGAGAUAAUGGCCAAAAGUCGAGUAAGAAAAGAGUACAGUGAACUGAUGUUCCAACAGACACAAACUGUUCGAUCACACACUGAAGCAGCAUUGGUCAUUCAGAGAGCAUACCGCAGAAUGAGAUUGAAGCACUCACUGUUGGAGAGAAUGACCCAGCACGGUGUGGAGCGAAGGAGGUUAAAAGAAGAGAGGGCAGCUAGAAUAAUUCAGAGGUCAUGGAGGGAAUAUCAUCGGCUCAAGGUCUACCAACUGAUGAACUAUAAGAAGAUUCGAACCAGCCCUGUCAUAACACUGAGAGCUGGUCAUCUUCUGAAGGAGGUUGCCUCAUAUCAGAAAGGAAUCUCAAUAACAGGUAACCCACGGCGAAGAGUUCACCAGACAGAGCAAAGUGGAUUCAAACUGUUCCGACCAACCACUAGAGAUCUGCUGCUCAAGCCCCAAUCAACCCUGGUCAGCCCAGGACGAUCCUCUGUCCGCCCCACAUCCGACACCAACCAAUCACUGAGUUACCUGUUGUCUAGGCAAUGCACUAUCGCUAAGGAGACACCAAGGCAGCACACUUUGAUGCAUAGCGAGGGCAGACUCAAGAGACAAGGCCGUAUACUACCAGAACUGUUUAUUAGAGAGAACACCACUCUACCAGCUCAUGCAAACACUAAGAAAACAAGACUUCAUUUACCAAACAUUGUUCGAACAUGAUUGUUUUGUUAUCUAUAUAUUUUUGCAAAGUACAUAAUAAUGUAAAGUAUAAUUAUGUGAUAUAGAAA